GUGUGUGUGUGCGUGUGUGAGUGCAUGUGUGCACUCUGCUGAGCUGUGAGCAGAGGAGCCCCGCCAGCCCGCUUGCUUUAACUCUGUUCUGCACACACUCCAGCCCAACAGCUCGUCUCUUUCUCUGUGUUACAGAUGAUGCCGUGGAUUUAGUUGACCCACAUGAGUGAUAUGAAUAACACGCUGGAUGAAAUACACACUUCUGGACGCCUUGGAGAGAAAGCAGAGAUUUUUCAGAGUGGCAGGGGUAAUGUAAGUGGCUUUCCCAGCCCAGCCCUCAUCCCUUUGCAAGCUCCUUUACUAACACCAAAUGCCCAGAAGAUCAGGACUCGGCUCUGCAAGGGGAACAGGUAUGACUCCUAUUUCUUUACACUUGCCUUGAAUGACACUCAUCUGUUUAUAAGAUUCAAUCAAGAUAAGUUCAAUCGCACUAAAAGUGAAAGUAUUAUUACCCACUCUACACUUUACAAUCUGAGUUCCAUUGCUGAUGAAUAGUGGGCUCUUUGUGUUUGGAGAAGUAACACAGAGGUCUGUUUGAAAGCUGAAGUGCAGACUUUGUACCUGUAAACACAAUCGCCUCUGCUGAAGCGCAGCUGUCAAUGAAGUUUAACGUAUUAUAUCAACAGUGCAGCUCAAGAGCUGGAAUAAAAUCAAGCACCUGUUAGUUUGUGGGAGAUAAUCAGUAACUCAGUAACUGCUGUGUUGACAGAGCAGUAAAGAAAGCGUCAGUCAGACAGAGAACUGCACCUUUUUCAGUAAAUGAGGCCCUCACCUUCACAACUGCACUCAAUUCUGAUUCUUCCUUACCUCAUAAUGAAGUAAAUAUGGUAAAUUUCUUACCAUAUACUGCCUCUUUAUCAUAGCGGUGAAAACAGCAGAAGCUCUUGCGUGCAUCUUACUGAGUGUCUGUUUGUGAGUGGGGUGUGUCAUCUGGUAGUAGAGCAGGAGGAGUCCAUGCUGAAACAGGCUUGAGCGUCUGUUGUAUCUGUCAGUUUGUUUAUCUCUGCUCCAUUUAUACACCCGAUCCCUUUGCAUGAGACUCAGUAGUAUAAUACAACACCUCUCCAAGAUCUGUUUUGAAUUUUGAGUUUUGGUCCAUGACUUUUGCAAACUGCUCACAGCAUUUCACUGAGAUUCAUGUGUAAUAUCAUUAUGUUUCCUCAAAACACAAUAAGCAGGAAUGAAAAUGAUUGUAACUCAUACCGCACCACAUGUUGCUGCUUUUAAUGCAACAUCUCUUUCUCUGUUUCUCUGCGUCUGUGUUUGUUGUCCUUCAGGAACGAUGAAGAGGGAGAAGAGUCAUUCUCUCCCCCUCCUCCAAACCUUUUUCCUGAGCUUAUCCCCUCCACCAUCUCUCCCCUUGUCUCUGAAUGUUUAUUACCAUGGACCAAAAGCAGUGCAACUCAGGUGAGUGUUCCAUUUACAGUACUUGGGGGCAUUUGUGACACAAAGAGCCAAAUUAUUUGAAAAUACAAAAGUCUCAGUUGUAACUAUUUCCAUAUGCGUCCUCAGGCUGCACAGUCAUGCUAGCUUUAAUUGGAGCGGGUGCCAGGAAAACAACUGCGGGACAUAUUUGAAUUGAAAUAAAUUUAUAUUUACAUAAUGUUUGGCUUGUGAUUUGUCUGAAACUGCAGGGCAUUGUAGAACCAGUUAUGUGAGUAUGUAAAUGAGCUGCAGUGAGUAGAUAAAAACACUGUUAAAACACUUAUACACAGAGAACUUUAUUCACUUUAAGAUCCCAGAUCUAUCCCUGCACUCAGUGACUGCUUACAGCCUAAAACCAUGAGUGUGAUGUAUGGUACCACCUGUAGAUACUGCACUCGAACUUUGAUUAUAAGUUGGCUUGCCCUGGAAAAUACUUGGCUAAGUGCCCACAGCCACUCUUGUAUGUUUGUGCAAGCGCAGGGUGUGUGAUUUGUCAUGCACUGAAUGUGGGGAAGCACCUGCUGGUGUUGCAAAACUCACUGCACUGAAGAGCAACAGAACUUUUAUCAGUUCUAUUUACUUGAACUCUUGAUCCUGACCUCUCACUUCACUAACCUACACUUAUAGACACACCUCCAGAAACCGUCGUCGCCAUGUAUCUCAACCAGUCAUAACAGUGUGCUUGUACAAUCUGAUUAUCUUCUUUAGCUUUAUAGAUCUUUUUUUAGCUCUGUACAUCAGGCUAUAACAUCGAGACAUUUUCGCUGUAACAAAUUUAAAAAGAAAUAAUCAUUUGACCUGGUUAUGUCUGGUUGAUUUGCACACUACUUCCCCCUCACUGAGGUUGAUUUAAGGUUGUGCAGGAUCUUUUUGUGCAUGUGUGUGUGACGUGUAUAAAUGUGAGCACUUGUGUGUACAUGAAUAGCAGCAGGGGGCAGCUCAAAGCAAUGAGUCAUAGGGAACCUUGAAAUUACCAAGCUCAGCAGUUACAGAGGACCAUCAGCGCUAUAAGACUUCCCACUAAUCUCAUGUGGAUUUAAUGCUUAGAUAGAAAAAAAAAAACUGGGGAGUUGUGUUUCCUUUUUUUCUACAAAUUGAUUCAUUGUAGGAUGUUUGUAGAUGACAGUAAUAUAAGUUUGCUGUUUGGACCGCUUGGUUUUCUUACACCUGAGAAUCUCGUCCUCAUAAACAGUCUUAAACAAGCUCUUCUCUCUUCCAUCCUCUGUCUAGAGGGUGAUUGUCAGUCCUCCUGUGCUCUCAUCAGUCUAUUGUGAAGACAGGUUGGGAAUUGCAAGGAUUUGGCAUUUCUUUGAUAAGUGUAAGAUUAAUCCUCAGUUGACGUAGUGAAGAGGCAAAAUGACACCAAGCUGACCUCACUGUGUAACAAUGUGGUUUAGCUGUUAGCAAAUCUUAAAGUGAUCAGUAUGUGUCUCCGUGAUGAGGUCUGUGUCUACACCUCUCAGUCCUGACAGCCUUUCAGUCCGCCUUUUCAGCAGCAGCACAUGGAAGACAAAGAGAGGACGUCAGGACUGACCAGCUGUUUUUGUCUCACCCUCCUCAUGUCACGGGGUUACGACCUACUUUCAGUAGCUCUCAAGAAACCGAUGACAUCAUUGUCCUAACUCUGCAGCACUCGUCCCCUCACCCACCCUCUGUAUGAUCUGUGGAGAAAAAUCAUCCUCUCAGCUUCUAUUAAGUCUUUUACACACAGUCAUUUUUCCAUCAGUUAAAUUUGUCUGAAAUAAUAAUCCUCUGCUAAAGACAGGCUUAGAUUGAAAUGAGCAGAUUAGGAAAAUAGAAGCUGUAUCUGUUAUUUUGGCCUCGCACGGAUCUCACUGACUUGCUAACAAUGUUUUUCUUUGACUGCAGUAGGAUCCUAAUGGCUUUGUGGAGUUGUGACAAGGCUUAAGAGCCAUUUCACUCAUGAGAAACUGGUUUAUCUGACUACCCUGUAAGGCUUGUGUUUGCAGUGUCAUGGUACAUUUCCAUUACAGAACCACCAAGUCAUAACUGACACGUGAAGUCAGUAAAAAACCAAGUUUAGCAAGCCCUGAAGCCUUGAGUAAAAAUACAUGUAAUCCAUCUGUCUAUAAGUAUAGAAGAAGAGUACACAUGCUCUGUUACCCUGUUUUUCUGCCUGACCUCAUUUCUGAUACCAACAAAUGGAUAUCAGUUCUCUUUUGAUACUACUGUGAAAAAAACAGUUACUAUUUGUACACCGAAGCCUUUGCCAUCAUCGUUGUAUGACCUCAUACAGUAUAUUAAAUGUGAAUAUAUUUAAACUGAAACCAUGCUGAGCAAUAAAAACUAUCUCAGUUAAUGUUUACUCCUGGUGUCCCCUCUUGCUCUUGUUUUGUAAAAGCAGUUUUAGUCAUAAAAGUUAUUUGUUUAUUAAAAAUACAGCCAAAGAAAAUGUUUAAUGACAAUCACUUAUUGUUGGGAAGGGAAUUCCUGGGGGACUCACUUUAUCAUCUGAUAUGCAAUACUUGGUCCAUACUUGGCUAAUAAUAUCCUGAUACAGCUGUACUCUGAUAACGUAUUACAUUAUUUCACUUUAAUGAUAAUUAUGAUUUCUGAUUAAAUGCAGAAUUAAAGAAAUGCCCCUAAAAUGUACAAAUGAAGAACUAAUUAUUUAUUGUCUCUGUCGUUUUAGUGUGUUUUCAUGUUUUUACUCUAUUAAUUUAAUUUUACUGACCCUCAGAACAUUUGUAAAAUUUCUGUCAUUAGUUAAAGAGGAACAUUUACACAUUUUGCUCGUUCACAUUUAUGCCUUAACUUUAAAUCAUGUUGAACACAUAUCUUUGAUGAUCAUGUUCACAUUUUUCGCUCCAGAGUGAGUCUCAUGCAUCAAGGUAAUUUGUUGGACACACAUUAGCUUUUUAUCCCUACCAUGUAACAUCUCCCUUUCUUCCUCUGCUAUCAUUCAGCACUUAAUUUUUCUUUGGUAAGAUGACCGCUGCUAACAUUCACCUCACUGGUGGAAUCACUGAGUAUCCCUGUAGUGAGUCAUACUGAGUGGGAAAACUAUUUCAGGUGCCUUGUUUUCAGUUGUAAUAUCCAUACUCAGCCAAGUUUUUAAAUUUUUUUUAUAUCAUUUAGAUCAGGAAGAAAAUAUGUGUGUGCUGUAUUCAUAUUUUAUCACUCUCAAACUGAUUGUCAACACUGGAUCAGCCUUCACUGAUUUUAAACUCUGUGCUUCAGUGUGCAGUUUGUUUGGUCUAAAAUAGUGACUAGUGGCACCUACUGUACGAAUGUUAUUGAAAUGUGUGUGUGUGUAUUUUGGGGGAGGGGAUUAAUAAAUAGUAGAUCUUGAGCUGUGUAAUAAUUGGUAUACACACCAAUACACAUUCUCCUAUUUCUGCUGUACUGGCUAGUUGUCUUAUCGAAUUAUUUAAUGCACUCUCUUUCGCUGCAAUUUUAGAAAAAUGAGAGCAUCUUCACACACUGUUAUAAAACCUCACUAAUGAUUUCACAAGAGUCAAAUAAUGCUUUAGGAUCACUUAGUAGUCUAUCUACAGUUCCUACAGUAUCAGAACAAGUCUUGUUUAGUUUGUUACCCACAGCAUAAAUGCAUUUUUACACUUACAACAUCUGAAUGUAGGGACAUAGGGGUUUGUAGUUGAAUAAAUCAGAAUUUCUCUCAUACUUUCUCAGCUGUUUCAAACAUACUGCUGUGAUAUUGGAGCCAGCAUGGUAAAAUAACCUCCUGCUGCUCCUUUGAGUUUGCCCCAUUGGAAAAAUGCCCACUGGCUAAAUACUGGCUCAGCCACAGGACCUCGUCACUGCAGACGCAAAUACGCAACAUUUAGUAUGAAAUACUGACGCUGUAUAUAUUUGCAGGAUUCAGAAUCUAGUCAUGCAAGCAGUUAGUUAUUGUGAAGAUAAUUCUGUUGAUAUUUCUGAUGGGGGCAGUUUGAUCUGGCUCUGAGCGUAUAAUCACAGAAGAACUGGCACAUCUUCAUGACACAAUGGCAAAAUAAACAGUUUUUUUAAGGAAGUCCAUGGAGCUGGCACAGCCUCCACUCUCCAGGAAUACAGCAGGCAGUCAUGCUUGGACUCUUACCAAAUCCAGCAGCACAGAGACAGUCUGCGUCCAGACGGUGUUGAGUGUUCAGUUCAGCCAUAUGACUCAGAGGAAAUGCCUGCCCCUGUAGAGAUGUUAUUUCAGAUGCCGCAUGUUCUUCCCUCUGAGUUUCAGUCUCUCUUCCACAGCAGAUGUAAGAGUACUCAGGGUCACACUCGAGAUGUGAACGUGUAUUUAUUCUCUUCAUUCAGCUGCUGAACAAUUUGUCGUAAAGCUGCUUAGUGACUAACAGUAAUGUGUCACAUUUUAGGUAUUACUAUAACUGUACAAACAUUUGUACAAAUAAAAAGACACACGUUAUUAUCCACUUGAAACUUUGGGCUCUUUAUUAACCGUGAUAUUAAAUGUGGUUGUAAGUAGCAUUCUCACAAUAUGAGAAUUAGAGGAGUUCAAAUAAGAAGUCAUGCUCUGCAGUCUUUGCACAUAACUUUCAUUCCUUGUGCCUAACAGACAGUAUAUGGGUUAUAUAUAGGAAGUCAUCUGAUGUGAGAUGCACAUGCAGGCCCUUUAUUCCUCUCCAAGCCUCUCUCUUCUGCUCCUUUCACACAGACAGUCAUGUGGGAUAAAAUGAUCUUUCUUUGUUGGUCUGGACUCUAAAACCCACAUUGUCUGGCUUCAGUACCCAGCUUCUAUCUCAGCUACAAGACAGGCUUGAUACUGUUUGAAUUGGAUAAACUUUUAAUGAGCGAAACAAGAUUUCUUUACUGACUACCAGAUGGCUGUAUAGAUGCUGUAGAGGCCUGUUUACCAUACUAUUGUAGACGAUCAAAGAGUGAGACCAGACAAUAGAGUAUGUCAGGGAAAGCACUGCCAUUACUACUUUUUUAAAACUUCAAGAUAAAGAAGAUUCAAAAGACACAAGAUCUUUAUUAGAUUAACUAGGAUGUGAGUAAUAAAAACUACAAGCAUGGUUAUAUGUUGAGUGUAACCUUUAGACACAAAAGCAGUCUGCAGCCACACCCCUUUCUGAUCUUAUCAGAAGCAGACGGCACUAAAUACAGAGAAAAAAGCAAGCUAAUUCAGAUUUGGUCAGCUAAAUGUAUGAAUAUAGGUAUUUUAUGAACAGUAGAUCCUUUACUAAAACCCAUGUCACUUUGAUCUCCUGCACUUGGUGUUUUAGCAGAUUAUUAACCCUCAGGAACCUGCUCUAUCAAUAUCAAUAUCAAGGUUUACUUUGGCUUGUUUUGUUGGGUUUGCUUUCUAGUCUUACAUUAUGUUAAAGAUGGACACUAUUCUGUCUUGGUUUCUGUUUUGGCCUCUUUUCCACUAUUUGGCUGUUUUACAGAGUAGGGGCUUUGUUAAAGAGCCAAUAAUGAGGUGAGAAUGUACGACAAUUGGCUGCAUCCUUGCUCUGAAAGAUAAACAGUGAGUUACUUUUGCAUCCAUUUGCACAGAACAGUUUCACAUCAGUACUUAAAGAAGUUGCACUGUCACAUCACUUUUGUACUUGACAGUGUAAUAUUUGAGUCAAAAUGUGUGAUUUCACCUCGUAUUAAAAGGUUCCUGGGGACCAAAGAACAGCAGGAGCUAUGGCUUACCAGUUCUUCUGCUUUGCAUUGCUGCACCGUUACACCUUUGUAUAUCCUAAUUUGAAAUGGCUGUAUGUCCGAGCCUUUUAAUGUAGGCAUCAUAUAAAACCUCCUUCCUAAAAAUGGGUUUAUAUACAUAAAGCUACUGUAGGCACUGCUGCACCUUUGACAGAGCCUGCAGGAGGUCUUGAUUGAAUCAACACUGGUCAAGGACAAAGUGUCUGGAGCUGACUUUGUUAUGGGAGAAGUGGAGACUCUGUUAUCACUCUUGCUCCAUUAAUUCCAAUUCAUUUUAGCUGUGUGAUAACUAGCAGCGUCUGCUUGUCUGUGCUCUCACAAGUCAGUGUGCUGUGUUUCCAGAUAAACAUGGGGAGCCUGUUGUGGGAGGUUCUUCCUUUGCUGUCAGUUCUCAUGAGUUGAAAGAGAGGACAAUGAUUGGUGCCAAAUAUCUGCAUUCAGAGCUGUGAGAUUAAAUAUGAUGACUGACACUGUUUUAGGGCUAUGGCAAAAGAGAUCGAGGUAAUGUUGAUAUUUGUAACAGUUAAAGUGAUUUAUGCAACAGAAGCACUAUAGCAAUGCUGGGUGAGUUUGUAUGUGUGUGGUCUCCAUCAGUUGAGGUCUGCUUCUACUGUUUCCUCCUUGAAAAUGCAUUAAUAGCUUUAUUGAAAUGGCAUCUGCCCUCCAAAGCAUCUGGUAUCUCUUGUUCAUUCUCGUGCUCCCUUUCAUUUCUCGGUUGACUUUUCUGGUGUCGAUCCGUGAAGCGCAGUUUGAAAUGAAAAUGCCUUGUAAUGUAUAAAAGUACAAGUAUUCCUCACUAAAAGCUUUACUUCAUUAGUCACUGAUUCAUUUUAGACAUGAAUGGUGAAGACCGAGACCUGAUAAUUGGCGUGUCCUGCAAGGAUGGCAAACUCACAUUCACAAGGGCCCUUUUGUCUGCUCCUACAGUAAAACAGAUGUGGGCUCUGAAUCGUGGCUGUGGGAGUAAGAACUAUGUUGGACCUCCAAUUUUCUCGCUCUUUCUUGAUGUCCUGACAGCCAUAAAUGGUAUGACUAUAUAAAGAGACGGUAAAGCUGAGGUAUUAUUGGAAUAUUGACACAAACUUACAUUUAGAGCAUUUGUAGGACUUUAAUGCAUCCUUGGUUUUUCUUGUGUCGAGGCAGACAUUGGGUUCAAUGUUUGGCCAGACAUGAGGAUAUAUGAAACCAAGAAGUAGGAAUGCUUCAGACUUUUUAUUUUGUUAUUUCUGACUGACCAUUUAAACAUAUCUUUGCAUGCCUAAUGUGUGUAAUGAUAUAUACAUAGUUUUAUCCCUCUGUAACAAAGACUGGUUUUACACAGCAAAAAUAUGCAUAGAGAGGAUCAGGGGCGGACUGGGACCAUAAUUCAGGCCAGGAGUUUGACUCCAUCCAGGCCAAUACACAUUGAUGCGGAAAUGCCAGCACCAGCGAAAAGUUUUGGACAUUUGAAGCCAGAUUUAGUGAAUAUAAUGCUAAUGUGAAGAAUUCAACAUUGGCUACAUAACUGCAAAUUUAAUAUGAAGUGAUUUGACAGGUGCUUUAUAGCCUUCUGAGCUAGAUUUUACAGAAGGAUAUUCGUCAUGGUUAUAAAAACUCCAUAUUAGUCAUGCCUUUAACUAUUUGUUUACUCAUUUAAACUAAGAGUGUAGCCUACCACAUUGCCGAUGUAUUAUAAUAAAAUGUUGAAAGCCUGUCAGAAAAAAAGUCAAAGUUCUCGAGAGGCAUAAAACUUGGAUUAGCACGCACCACUAGCAUCGUAGUGACCAGAAGUAGAGCUGCCAGGCCACCGGGAAUCAGCCCGGUGAUCCUAAUGGUCCAGUCCACCACUAGAGAGGAUAUGGACAGCAAAUUUCAAAAAGAGCACAAAAGAAAACAUGAUGUAAUUUAGUUUGUGUCUGUAUGAGAAUCACAGUGACCAGUAGAAAAUGCCACGACUGCAGCUUAGCAUAAAAAGAUGAAAAUUGAGAAGGGAAAUGUAAAGAGGAAUAAGAAUCAGAAUUAAAGCUGCAAGCAGUGAAAUGGCUUAUUUGAGGGUUUACCACAUUAUUGUUUUCAUUAUUGAGUCCUCUUAUACCUGUAAAACUACUCAUAAGCAGAUAAGAUCAGCCCUGUAUGAGGAGAAACUUGUCAAAAGACCCCAGGACAGGCCUAGAAAGAGUUGAUUUUUGCCAACUUUAUUUCCAAAUAGCUGACCUAGAUGUUUUUGAAGUCUUAGAAGCCCGGUGUUCCCCCUUGUUCAAAACCUAUAAAAUAUCAAAUUUACCACCAGACCUGAGGCGUAUUCAAACUUUCAUGGGGUUUUUGAGCAUUUAAGGACUUUAAAACUGUGAAUAAUAGUAUCAGUGAAUCGAGGAGUUGUGAUUAGGUCUUCACAGCUACCUGGUGCUCAGGACCUUAAUAAUUUAAAGUCUUAAAUGUAGUAGGAGAUUUCUUAAGACCAGUAAAGUUCCAUUUGGAUGUGCUUACAGGCAGAGGUAAUCUGUUGCGCAAUAAAAAAGUAUUUUGAAUUUUUCCAAUAUGUUCUGUAAUAUUUUUUAUCAUCUCAUCAGGCAUAAAAAUAUAGUGAAGUGCAAAGCUACUCUAAAAAACACACAGCUAUAAACAUGUACUAAACACCUGUGCCUAAAUAUAGCUGUAGUGUCUGAUGCAUGUCCUUCCUGGGAGGUCUUUAUCUCCUCGGCCUCAUUUUUUUCACAGUUUUUCUGCACAAAGUUGAUGCUUUGAGUCCAAGUUUGUAACUUUCUCAGGACUUGUUUAAAGUAGUUCUGUCCGUAUUUUUCUUCUUCCAGUGUUGUUUAUUGGAACUUCUCUGCUAAGAAGAGAGAAAAGGAAAGAGAGUCUUCAUUCUCAAGGACAAAGGAGGAGUUUGUGUGUAGGGGGCAAACAUGACAAGUUUCUCACACUAUCUUUGUGAGGGAUGUCAUUGUAACAUGUCUUGUAACAACUCGUCUUGAGGAGUGGUUUUUUUUUUUAUUCUAAUUUGUUACAAACCGUAUAUCUGUUAUCAGUCUACCUUGAUGUGAGCAUCAUUAGUUUCUGUAUAUGGAUGUUACUCAUGUAGUUACUUGUGCACUCAAGACAGAAGCAUGAAUUUCCAUGCGAGAAGAGUCACCUUGCCUGCCAUUACACCACUCUGUCUGCAGAAGCGGGUAGGAAACUUUAUUAUGAAUACAGUAUUUGAUUUUGGAUGUGUUUGUUGAUAGUUCUGAGUUUAAAUACAGACAUUUUCUAUUUAAAGUUUAUAUCCUGUUCCUUAUUGGGCUCUUUCAGCUCUUGAGUUCAAUUACUUCAAAUUUAAUGCUGUAACCCAACAAUAAUGCACUUAGCUGUUAACUGUAAAGGCAUACAGUGAAUUGGACCAAGGGAAAUAUUAUUAUAAUUAUUAUGAUCUUACAGUCUUGAUACAUCGGGGUUCUGGGAGGACGUUUUUCUGGUUUCAGACAUAGACACAGCUGGAGGCCACCUCCUCUCUGUCCAGUGAUAAAGCUGCAGCUGUGGGAGUGUGGUUCAAGGUUGAACCAGAGCUGUCUAAUUGGUAAAAUGGCUCACACUGUCCUGUCCUUGAGAUAAGAAGGUCUAAUGGAGAAGUUUAUGUUAAACAGCACUGUAUGUAGUGCUGUAUGUUUAAUGUCUGGAUUCACUCUGCCAGUCCAGAGACCUUGGAAACGUUUGUAGCUCGGUAGAUGAUUUUAUGUUGAUCUGUCAACCCUCACACAUUAUCAACAGUUCCACAUAUCAACAGACUCACUUGAAUCAGGCUGCAUUUACUCUCUUGCAUAAUCAGUCUAACAGAUAAGUUGAUCAUUAAUGUCAUACUGUCAGAAUUACACCAUAUUACAAUAUUAUAGGUCAGCUGGUUGCAAAUGUAGGUUAACUUUUAUGCUUUGUCACUGUGUUAACAUCUACUGUCUGAUAAAUGUAUACACACAUGGAUGUUUUGGUCUGUUUUUUAACCCUUAAAGUGAGGUAUGGAUGCACCUCUUCAGGUAGUAUUUUUUAUUUUUUAUGUAAGUGUUUCUGUCUGAUGAAGCGGCUCUUUGUUCAUCGUUAAGGACAUCAGCUGUUUACAGUGUGCUACCUUGUCUGCUUAUUCAUUAGAGGAUUUGAAUCAAUCAUUAACAGUACCUGCCACUUAAUGUUCCCUGUGAUCUGAUUUGUUUUAUUGGUUUCAUUCAUGAGGUUGUGGGGUUUAAUGGUUAUAGUUGUUCAUCUUAUCUGUUUGUCUUCUCACAAAGACUUUAAGAAUAUGAAUAAAAAGAUCUUUAUUGAUCCCUGAAGGGAAAUUCUACUAUUUUGUGUUAUCCAUAUUUGCCUUGUAGUUAUGUGUGUCCUAUUUUCAUUAGUUGCUACAAACUCACUCUACCAAAUAAUAACGAUCAUGCGGCUGGACUUCUGCUCAGCUAGAUAAAAUCAGACUGAGUUUUCACACUUAUUAAGAUAAGCAAUGAAACACACGUAUUUGUAGGAUUCAGGCACCAGCUCAUUUAACACAGGAACUCAUUAAUUUUUGGUUUGACAACAAAUAACUGAUACUCACUAACAGUUCAUUACAGAUUUAGUAAGGACAGCCCUUGAAUUAAGAAACUGCUCUGCUUUUGUUAUCAUGAAAUUCACUGUUUUUUUGAGCUGCUGUCACAGGGAUCAGUCGGCCAUGGAGCUGCGAUACAGCACACAAAGAGCAGCUUGUACAGUAGCUUUACUCUAGCCUUUGACUGUAGAUUCUUACUGUAGGUUUUUAAACAGAGCUACCUGUACAACUAUACAUGUGCAACUUAUGAUGUAAAAUCCUACUGUAUAACACAGCAAAGUGAAAUUUUAUUUAAUUCACUCAUUUGCAAAUAGAUAUAGGUAAGGCACUAGCUUGCUCACAUUUUAAAGUCUAAUGCAGCACAUAGUUUUCCUUAUCCUCUAUCAAACCCUCCCCUCUUCCUGGUGAAAUCUGAUGCCUGAAUGAUUUGAUUUGGCCGGCUCUCUGAGGCAGAGCUCGUUGCAGCAUCUUAACUGAAGAUCUGACUUGAUGCAGUUUUCAACAGCACAGUGCAGAAGACACACACCUCACAUCAAUCUAGGUUUUCUUAUAUGCUAAUUGAGAAAGCUCCUCCAGUGUUGUGUGAAGUCCUCCUGUGUCUUGAUUUUUCUUAGAAAGAUUAAAUGUAAUUAAAUUGCCGUGCAAUGAUGCAAUUAUAACUGUAUUAAAACCCUGGCUGCUGGGGUAAUCUGUUUAAAGUAGGCCUUCGUCUUUGUUAGACAUCCACAAACAAAGAUAUUUGUCUUGUAAGGCUCCAGGCGGGCUGAUUGAACACUAAAUGGUUUACACUGAGAGGUGAUGUCAUAGCUGAAAACUCCCAUUUGCUGAUGGCUCCUCGAGGACUCAAACCUCAUCCCUGCAGAGCACUGACCACAAAAGGAGUCGGGCUGCCCGGCUUUAAACUACAAAUAGAAGUCACAGAGAGAAAAGAGACACCUGUCUUUGUAAACUUUGGACUGAGGUUGCUCAACUAGCAUUACAUUUAAGCAGCACCUUAGUAAUAGCUCUGUGGGCUCCUGCAGGGCAUUAUGCUUGGAGCAUGCAGUGGGUGUGUGAGUGUUAAGCAAGAAAGGGUUGCAGCCUUGUAACUCUCUCUCUCUCUCUCUCUCUCUCUCUCUCUUUCUCUCUCUUUAUCUUUCACUCCACCUCUCUCUCUUAAUUCAGGCUGAGUGUUGACAGCGAUAAAGAAACGUUACCAGUUCUGACCUAGCUAGAUUUCUUUGCUUUACAAGGUGUUUGUGCAGACAUGUUAAAUUGCCGUCAGGUUGUUGUAAAAGGGUGCACAUCUGUGAGUUGAUCUCAGACUUUUUGCCUCUCAGUGGUGGAGAGAGGCAGCAGGAGAUUCGCUAUCAGACCCAGCGAUUCAGAUAUGUGGAGCCACGACAGCUCUGUGCUAAGAGGCAGUUUUGUCUAAUUGCCUUCUUUCAGCUCCUCUGCAGCACAGAGUGGAGAGGGAAAGAGAGAGCAGCGUGCUGCUUGCAGGCUGACUCUUGCUGUGCUGUCUGAUGCCUGUUUUUAUCUUUUCUACAAAAGCUCUCUUUUGCAAUGCUGUGUGCUCAGCCAUGCAUAGGCUACAGAGCUUGCAAAAACUCUGAGCUCUGUUUGGACCUAAACAGGGGGGUGAGUUAUACUUCAAGAUUAAUUUGUUACGCAUUUGAUUUCUCAACACAGUAUUGCAAGAUUACAGUUGGUCACAGGCUUAAAUCUUUACAUUUGGUGCCUAAUUUACACAUUGUUCUCUACUUUGAGGGAUUUUCAUUUUCUAUAAUGUCUCAUUUUCACCUCGUGCAGAAACAUAAGCUGUCUAAUGGUGUAUGUGGAUCAAACUCUAUUUCUUGUACUUUGUGAUACUUAACCUCACUAAUGCACUUUCCAGGCCAAAACAGUCUGCUUGCACUCCUGCAAGGCCAAAAAAGUUCCUUCCUUUGCAGUGGGUUUUCAAAACAUGUGAAAAAAUAGUGUUUUUUGUUGCAGGUAAUCAAAGUUUAUAAUGAAGAUAACACCAGCAGAGCCGUAGAGGUCCCCAGUGACAUCACUGCACGGGACGUUUGCCAGCUGUUCGUCCUGAAGAACCACUGCAUCGACGACCACAGCUGGACUCUGUUCGAACACCUCUCCCAUCUGGGGAUAGGUAGGAUUCUCUGGUUGAACAGUUAAGAGUACUCUGUGAUGGUAUAGUCAGAAAGUAAACCAGAACUCCUACAAUUCACCUUUGGCAAGAACUCUUAAAAAUUAGUUUCACCACUUUUCCACCAAGUUUAACACAUUUACAUGAUUAAUUACACAACGACACGAAAACAAAAUAUGAUUCUGGCUCAAGGGUGAAAUUUCAUCUGACAUUUAUGAGGGAAAAAAACGGGUGGAGGCAGUCUGGGAUUAGAGUAAAUUUCUAAGAAAAUAAGAUCAUGACAUCUUUAUAGUGGUGGUGUUUUUGUCAUGUGAUAGUUAUGUUGUUAGUCCUUUGGGCGAGGUUUGCUUGGUUUGAUAGGAGGUGUGGCGGUAGGUAGAGUGAUGAUGAUGUAAAUAUUUAUAUGUUGGAGAAAGAGUUUGUGGCUAAAUGAUUGGUAAAAACUGAUCGAGGAAUGAGUGCAUGAAAAAUUUCUCAGCUGUAUUUUGAAACUAUCCUACACAUCGUAUAAUCCAUCUAUCUGUGCAGAUACAGGCGUUUCUUUCCUUUCAGUUAAUACCACUACAUAUUUUUUGUAUAUUUUAUUAUCAAAUAAUGUCCAAAUCUUUCAGCUGCAGCUACAGGCCCUCGAAUUUGUUGAGGGGAAAAACUCCAGCAGGUGUUUACAGUACCAAAGCUGUUAAACUGAGUUUGCUGCUUUUGCACUGCCCCUCAGAGUUAAUAAAUUAAAGCCCCGUUUGGUAAGUUAUUCUUGAGCUAAAUCAUUGACAAAACAGGAUGUCUUUCAUUUUUUCAAAGAUUUUAUCAGCCGUGCAAAUCACAUUUUUUUUACUUCAGUGUUCAACACUUGUUGGAGCAGAAACUGUUUUCCAUUCAUCCAACAAUCACUUAAAGGUCUAAGAAAAUAUUCAUGUUCAUGUUGAACUACUUGACUUAAAAGCUGAGCUCUGACCCAGAGGUUACACAUUAAAUGUAAGGUUAAUAAUGAAACUCUGCGCUGCUAAGUAAAGCAAUAUAAAGUACUCUUGUCAGGAAAGCUUUUGCAGGAAUUAUUGUUUGGAAUUUUUAAUUUCUUUCUUACAAGUGGCUCGAACUUUUUCUACUUGGUAUAUUAUCCACGAGCAGAGAGAGAUGACUGUUGCUUUUCUCUCCUCUUUGUCUCACUAGAGAGAAUCAUUGAAGACCAUGAGUCCGUCAUGGAGGUGCUAUCAGGCUGGGGAAUGGACACAGACUGCCGGCUGUACUUCAGGAAGAACUUUGCUAAAUAUGAAUUCUUCAGGAAUACUCUGGUGAGCUUGUGAUUGAACUGUACCCUCUUCUUCUUUGCUCAUUCUCUAUUUGGCGUUAACUUCCAUAUUCCUGUCAUUGAUUGAAUAAAUCAAAGACUCACUUUUGUCUUCUGCAGGACUUUUUCCCAGAUCACAUGGUCUCCAUAUCCAGUGAAGCCAACGGGAUGCUGGAUCACUCUCAGCUCAUACAGGUAUCAAGUUUCCUGCCAGUUGAGAAUAAAGACUUAAGUGCACACAAUAAUUGGUUAACAAACAUUUCUCUACUCUCACAGACAUUUCUAGAUGCCAGCUCAUGUCCAGAGAUACACGGACACCUCCAUGCCAAAGAGCAAAGCAGGAAGUCAUGGAAGAAGUUUUAUUUUGUUCUGAGGAGGUCGGGGCUUUAUUUCUCCAACAAAGGAACGUCAAAGGUCGGUAAAAUAAAGAAAAACACAACUAAGAGGGUGCUGUUGUGUGUGGCUUUUUCCAAUCUUGGAUCAAUUGUGCAUACAUAAAGCAGCAAACGUGUGCUAAAAAAUGUAUCUCUAUAAAGACACAUCCUCUUCCUCUGUUUGUACACCAUGAGGUCAUUAGUUCAUCCUCUGUUUAUAUCUCACUCCUGCAGUGAGAGGGUAGGGGAACAGGUUGAGCUUGAUUUUUCCUUAGGUCAGCUGGCACAGCAGCCAGGCAGAAACAGAACUCUGAACGCUGCAGACAAGUGAAGCUUAUACCUUUGCACCAGCCAUGCCAACGCAACCACUCCUCAACCGCUUUCAUUUUCUACAACAGUAGAGCUUUUGUUGUCAACUGCAGCAGAGCUUUGGUACGGUGCCACUUUUAACUCUCACAGGUUUACCAUUCAUCUGUAGUCUCUUGCAGGCACAUAGCGAGUCACUCAGCACAGACAAUGACGGCUGUGGCAUUAACUACAACAAGGAAGUGGUAAUGUUGCAUUUCUUCACAGCAGAACAAUGAGAGUCUUUGUGUCUUUUUGCUCUUGGAAAUUUAUCUUUAGUGGAGGAAGCUGCUGAUACUGUCUUUCUCAAUCGAAAUACCUGAUUUUGUCCUUAUCUCCUUAUAUCCUUAUAAACAUCAAAGACACACAGGUGAGGUGUGUGAGCGCUUUUACAGGAUUACAUAUCACUAGUCUGUUCUAACCAUAUAUGUUCAUCCCCCUAAGUUAGACUGUAAGCCUGAUUUGAUGCAUGCAUGAGUCUAACACUUACUUUAUAACUAUAUAACAAUUAAAGAUGAACAAAAAGACUUUCCAAAGUCCAGAUCCUGGUUUUAAAAAGAAGACAACCCUGUUUCAAAAUAAUUUGAAUAUAUUGUAAAGUAAAAAUGCAGAUUGUAUAAAGCAAGGUAAGCUGUUAUUUUUAAGACCCUUUAAAGCUCCUGUAAGGAACUUUAUGUUUCUGUUGAUUUUGGCGCCCUCAUGUGGAUUAAAUGUUAGCUCUUAUCGCUUGUCUGUACAUAUGAAAGUAUUUUUUUACUAACACUAGUUCUGCAAUUUGAAAGUCGAAUUGUUGUUUUUUUCUGCAGUUUUGUGGAUUCCAGGUCAUCCAUUUUCCCUCACGCUGAAAUAGUAAAGAAAUAUUGAAAAUAUCUUUACUGUAUUUAAAAUUCAUUCCAAUAAAGUUACCAAAAAAAAACAAAAAAAAACCAGCCCGUAAAACAUGAAAAGUGAAGGUCAGCAGAGACUUAUCUCAGCUUAGGCCCCCUAGGGUCCAGGUCAGGUCAGCCCUCAGGCUGUUGGCUGCUGCUUCCCUCAAGUGACAAGUGAUCACUGAUGGUGCUCUGGCUUUAGAGAUAAGUGGCACCAUCUAUUGUUGUAAACAGAUACUGGCAUUCAAAAGACUAAACCCUGCAUUCCCCAGCAUAUGUAGUGCUGUAAAUUUUGAUUGAUCUCCACAUACAGAAAUAUGGCUGUGACACAUGCUUACCGUCAGUAUUUUCUUGCUCAUUAUGUUGAUAUUUUUGAAACAGCAGCUGAUUGAUCACCUUAUUUCAGUGCUAAUUUUUUGAUUGGCUGUUUAGUUUGAGUAAUUUUAUUGUAGAAAGUAAAUUCAUGUGUUAGUUUCUGCAGUCUCACAGAUUUGCAGCUCUACACGUCAGGCAAGGUUUGAUCUAAGCUUUGGUUCUUCACUCGGUCAACUGCUCAUCUUUCUGUUGUUAAUCAAACCAAGCAGCCAAUCAAAGGGCUUGGUCAGAGUUAAAAGUGGCCUGUCAAAGGAGAGGAGACUCAGACCCUGUCUAUCCAUGCAUGCCUUCAAAAUAAAAGCCAACCUUAGAAGUUAGCAAAUGUUUCAAGUGUUUGUAACAACCAGAUGCUCCUGGAACAGCAUAUGAGGUUUUCUACUUGUGUUGUUUUCCUAUUUGAAAGAGUUGAGCCCACUUUGAAGCCUGAACACACUCAUAUACUAUUUUAUAGGUCUCCAUCCUUCACAUACAACAGAUGAACAGUGUUGAAAAGAGCCAGAAUUUGAUGUCUCAUAACCUUUCUCUGUUUUAUAGGAACCGAGGCAUCUCCAGUUCAUUGCAGACUUUAGUGACAGUGAUGUCUACACGGUGCUGUCAGCCAAAAAACUCCAUGGAGCACCUACAGAUUAUGGCUUCUGUGUCAAGGUACUCUGUCUUGCAAUGCCAGAAGAGUACAAAAGAAGCAGAGGAAGAGUAUUGAUUCCCAGUGUGUUGAUCUGCUUUUGUCUCCCUGUGACUUCUUUCUACAGUCCACAAAGUGUAGCUCGGCCCGGGACUUGAAGCUGCUUUGUGCGGAUGAUGAACAGACCAGGACCUGCUGGAUCACAGCCAUGCGCUUGUUAAAGGUUGGCUUGCUGAUCACUAACUGCGGGUGAUGUCUAAGAGGAGGAAUGCUGAGUCAGUGCUCGAAUCAGAUUUAGCUUUGGUGGGAGGUCAAGGGAAACUAUUGAGUGUUGCUGGAUUAGCACUCCCACUCUUUAUAGAAGCAGCAUGUGUUCAUUGUCUGGAUAUCUGCUGGAUACAGUUUAGAGCAUUAGUCACUCUCCUGCCGGGCUAUAAAUAAUUUACAGUAAAGCACAACAGCCUGUGGUCUAUUUGUAUCUGCCUUUCCAUCUAUAUAACACAGCUUAUUGUAAGUAAAAUGAAAAUGUAGGCUUUAAAACACUGACUCUUUUUGUUUGUUUCAGUAUGGGAUGCAAUUGUACCAAAACUUCAUUCAGCCUCACCAGAAACAAAAAGCUUCUCCCAUGGUAAGAUGAUUGUCUUAUUUGUGUCUCAUGCAACCAAUAUGACAGGGACUGAAAUGUGAAUAAUUUAAAUUGCAGAUGAUAUUUCCAAUCUGGUGUGCUGUGUAUUCCAAAAACAACUUUUCAAUGUAAGCAACUGGCGAGUAGGGAACAUCGUAAAAUGUUAAGCAUUUCCAUUUUCCCUUGAUAUCGAUAUGAAACAUGGUCAAAAUGCUUUUCAAUAGUCGGCAUUCUGCCAUGUUUUGGUAGACUAUAUGAAUAGCCAAUGAAAAGAGGAGUUGCUCCAGGUCAUGCUGUGCUGAACCAAUCAUGUGCUGAAUUAGAGCAAAGUAGCAAACACCUGCGUAGUAGCAGGUUGCAGCUACACACUAACUAUAGCACUUUAACAAGUGAAGCCGACAGCACUGUCAGUGGGAAAAAGAAGAAAAUGUGUGCUACCCCCGGCAGAAAUGCAGAUGAAGGCUCAACAGAUGAUGACAUGGUUGACAACACUGACAUGAAACCGUUGGUGGUGUGGAGGUGUUUUGUCUUUUUGACGGUCGGACAUGAAGCAGAGUAGCUGCAAACUAUGUCGGGUACAUGUUAAAUUUCAUUUAAGAGUAACAGGGAACAUUUAAGAUUGACAAGUGAUUUUUUUUAUAUUGUGAUACAUAUCGAUAUCGACUGAUAUGAAAAAAAAUAAAAUGUUAAACAUUUUCCCUUAUCGCCCAGCCCUAUAGAGAGGAGACCAAAGCUUAAAGUCAUGUUAAUAUUCGACCUCUAUUCUUCAGGUGAAAUGCUGUGUUUAUUGGAGUGGGUGCACUACACCUUUAUAAGGUAGUAAUAUGUCAAGGGUAUUUCUAGAUCAUUCCACGGCCCCAUGGUGACCAAACAAAAAUCAAUUAGAGCAGCUUUAAAAAUACAUCUCCAUGUGUUAAAAAUACAUCCCAGCUAACACAGGCUCAUGCAUAGCAGUAGGAUGAUAAAAUUACAUAGGACAAAUGAGGCACCUUCUGUGUGUUAAUGUGGGGUUUGGUGUCCCAGAAUAGCCCCAGACCCUGCUGGGAGUAUUCUCACCGCACUGAAUACGAUCUAUUUAUGGCUUUUGGACUUGUUCAUGAACCCUUUUGCUUUCUAAAAAUACCCCAGGAUCAGCUGCUCUCAGAUUUAACAACUCAUCACCUCUUCUCUGCUGUCGGAGGGUCGUAUGUGACAAACAGCCUCGCCAGGAGGAUUAGAGGUAGAGGGAGAGUGUGAAUUUGCGGUGUGACAGAUUUAGCCAAACAUAGUACCUUGAGAAAAAGACGGGAUCACUGCAGAGUAAUUAAAAUCUGAGUUUGAAGACGGUGUGAAGUUAUGCAUUCAGAAGCUACAACAUAUUGGCAUACUCACACUGGGGUCACAGUAGGUGAGAGGACUGGGAAAGCCUCUAUCCUCAAAUAAACACUGCUCUCUCUGUAUACGCCACUCAUUUUAAUUGUACGCUAAGUAGGUGGUGGGUGGAGGAACAUAUGUGGUAAUUUUAAAGCUUCUUGGUAAAUCCUGAUAAGAGGAAUUUUCUUGAGAGUGUGCAGUGAGCCACUUGCUUUAUGGCAGCUUAGAGGACUAAAAUGUGCCACUUUGUCAUUCCUUUCAAAACCACUCUAAUCCUUUUUUUCAAUGGACUUUUCUGUCUGAAAUCAUCAAGAAAUUAUGAAGAUGGAGUCGUGUUACUCAGACACUAGAUGGCAAUAAAAUACUGUGAGAAAGUAAAGGGCUCUACUUCUUUUUCUGCUGUAUUUUACAGGAAAACACACCGGUAUAGAGUAGCUGUGGGAUUCUUUUUGAGGCAUGAAAUCAGAUGUAAAUAAAAGAUUAAUGUGUAUCAAUUUCAGAGGAGCAUCUCAGAGAAUUCACUGGUGGCCAUGGACUUCUCUGGCCAGAAGAGCCGAGUGAUUGAGAACCCGUCUGAGGUGCUGUCUGUGGCCGUAGAGGAGGGACUGUCAUGGAGGGUAGGUCAGGGUGUCACUUACUUAAAACUGUCACUUCAACUUUAUCUACAGUCUGUGAGGAAGAACUGACAGAGACUUUCCCUAAUGCUGAUUUGAGCUUGUAAAAAAUGUACAAUUUUAAUGAAAAAUGGUGAUGAAAAGGCAUGAACACCAGACAUUAACCCUUAGAACUCCAGGAUAUAUUUAGCUAUUUUUGGUCCAGCUGCUUUUUAAAUUGUAUUUAUUUAUUUUUUUUGUAAAAAUCUAUUUAGCAACUUUAUAUUUUCAAGCCUUAGUUGUUAGUUUAUGAGUGCUAAAAUGAUGUAAAAUUAAAGUAAAAGUAGAUUUAGCACCAUAAAAGUAAAAAUAAAGUAAAAAAAAAACAGAAGUGCAUAAGUGGUUAUUGAGCGAUAUCAACCUUUUUUUAUCACAACAAUAUAAUAAAUAAUCAUGUUUUCACUGAUACAUCACUAUGGAAUUACCAUUAAAAGUCUCAGAUCAAACACCUAUUUUUGCCGCUGGAUUGUAAAUCUCAUGGAAGGUAUAAAAAUACCUGGAAACUCUCAAUAGAUCACAGAAAGGGUAAGAUUUCCAGGGAAACACAGUAUAGCUCCUGAGAAAUUGUAAACAAUAGUAAUGGUGUCAUGUGGGGGCGCCUGUGAUCUAGCAUGGUUAUAAGUGUUAACUCUGCAUCAACUCGACUUCAGCCUCACUCUAAUUGUAAGUUUUUUCUCCCGUAGAGGAAAAGCUGUCACCGUCUGAGCGGCCAUGGCAGCCCCUCCACAUCCCAGAACUUGAUGUCAAACAUAGGUUAGUAGAGGGACUCUUUAUUGUUGUGACUUGCUGCCCCAACACCAGCGAGUAACUUAUAAUCUCUGCACUCUCUGUUUGACACAGCCCUGCAUUUGACUCAGCCCUGGUUCCACAGUAAACUGUCUCGAGAAGAGGCUCAGCGUCUCAUCACUCAGCAGGGUCUUGUUGAUGGGUGAGCACUACUCGAUCCUCAAUAUCGUCACCCUUUUAAAAGAAUGGCCUAAGUCAUUUUUUUUUUGCCUUAAUCAUCUCUUGAUAAUGCUGGCCAAUCCUUAGUUGAAAAAUUCAUAGCAUUAUCCUUUCAACUAAGGAUUUAGGUGAUUUUACCAGAGAUGGUCGGCAUUAUCGAGAUAAUUUAGUUAUCAAGUGUUUUAAAUAUUAAAAUGAUGUUAUAAGGAUUGUAAAGGACAGGCAACUAUAAGCAUUGUGCUUCCGCCUAAUCCUUUUUUUGGUCAAGUUUAUAAUUCUGUUUGUUUCUCAUUUGUUGUUAUUGUGACAAAAAAUUUAGGCCAAAAACUAAUUUUUGUCAAAAAAAUGACUUAGGUCAUUACUUUAAUAGGGUGACGGUAUGAGACUUUUUAAAAUAUGUUUACCUUAAUGAUUAAAGUAAGUUCUGAACAUAGCUAAAGAUCUGUGAUUUAUGGACCAACAGCCUUCAGCUUUCUUUUGUUUGCAGGGUAUUUCUUUUGAGGGACAGCCAGAGCAACCCUAAGACGUUUGUGCUGUCACUGUGCUACACGCAAAAAAUCAAACACUUUCAGAUCGUACCUGUAAGUACAUCCCGCUGUUUAGAUUUCCUUCAUCUUUCUAGGACUGCCUCCAAAUUUGUUUCUGUAGCUUCUUUCUCACCUGCCUCUCCUGUGUUUCUCCUGUAGGUGGACGAUGAAGGCGAGUUAUUCUACAGCCUGGAUGACGGCCACACGCGGUUCACUGACUUGAUCCAGCUGGUGGAGUUCUACCAGCUAAACCGUGGCGUGUUGCCCUGCAAGCUCAAACACCACUGUGCCCGGAUCACCCUGUGAACGAGGGACCCUGGAGACCCCCCGUGGGGCCGGCGUGCACCUUAACUCCAGGGCCUUUCUGGACAAACACUCCCGUUGUUCCUGUGCCUUGAAGAAGAAAUACACAGAGACUCACAGAGCAGCCAUACUAACUGAAACCACUGUUAUCGUUCACUGUAGCCAACAUUCACACUGAAAUACAUGCCCCCUCAAAGCAGAGUCUGAUAGUAGACCAUUCAUGUGUUGAAAAUGAAGGGCUACAAAUGAAAGACAAUAUUGUUUUUCCUAGUGAGUGAUUUCAGCAGCUGGAAUGAAUUUGAAGAUAUUUCCGUACAAAGUAAUUACACGAAUUCGAUCUGAUGAGAAUCAGAUCCUGACAGCAGAAUUAAACUGAAAAUUAUCGUAGACAGCACCUCUGCUCUGUUGGCUUUCAGUCAAACUAAGCUAUCUUAAUUUCCAUUAUCCUUGAAUCUCAAAGUGUUCAGGUAUUUUUUAAAGAAAUCCUUCUUGUUUUCUACUGACCUCUCAGGAAGCGUCAACGUGCAUGACCUGAAAGCUGUAAUGAGACUGAUUUAGAGAGAAAAAAAGCAGAGGUGAUGUUCAGGUGGAAAGACACGGUACACAGCAUAGCUAACCUGCACUGUACAAUUGUUUCAGAUCUUUGUGAUGACAUGAAAUGUUUGUGUUACAAGAUUUCUAAGCUUGCUCUACAAACAGAGCAGAAAAUAUUUCACCGGUUUGAGGUGGAGCUAAGAGAGACAUAUGUCAGUGAUCACAUUUGAAUCCCCUGUAUACUGAAAUCUAGGUUUUAUAUUUUUAAAGCUUCAGGUAAAUUUACUAAACGUGUUUGUUUUUUUAUUCUUUGGAUGGUAUUUCCACAUUUUAUGGAUUUAAGAUGUCACAUAGUUCUGUUUUAAAAAAAAAAACAAUCACGCAUCAGCUUUUAAUACAAGGUGUUUUAAAUCAGAGGAGAUUGGAUCGACCACUUGCAUUACUGUAUGAGCUGGAUAACCAUGCAUUGAAUGAUGAAUGUCAAAAACUACAGAGGUUUUUAUAUAAAAGAAAGCCUGUUUGUAUGUUGAUUUUUUUAUAGAUUAUGAUCACUUUUUAAGUUGAAAAGGUUUCAGUGAUGUCUUUAAUUUUUCCUCUUUAUUGAUGUGAAUGUAGUUCAGGACAGAGCACAGUAAAUUUAGGAGCACAGAUAUGAUCUGGGACGGAUCUUUAAAAAAAAAAAAUCAGAGCUGUAAACAUUAAAGCUUCUGUGUGGUAAAUGAGG